AUGUUUGCUCGUCAAUCUUUCCGUUGCGCGCAGCCUCUUAAGCAGAGCAUCCGCAAGUACGCGGCGGAGGCCGGCCCCAAUGCUACUCCUCCCCCUCCUCCCAAGAAGGCCAACUUGACUCCUAUCUAUGUCGCCGUGGGUCUUGCCGGUCUCGGUGCUGGUGUCUACCGCUACAGCAACACCGCUGUUGCCGAGCCCAAGGAGCGCCCGAAGGUCUUCAACGGCGAGGACUGGGUUGACCUCAAGCUGGCCAACAUUGAGAUCCUGAGCAAAAACACCAAGCGUUUCCGCUUCGAGUUCGAUGACAAGGAGGCUGUCUCUGGUCUUCCCGUUGCCUCUGCUCUGUUGACCCGAUUCAAGCCCGAGGGCGCCGAGAAGAACGUCCUCCGUCCCUACACCCCCACCAGUGAUGAGGAAACCCCCGGUUACCUCGAGCUGGUCGUCAAGGCUUACCCCGGCGGCCCCAUGUCUGAGCACAUCCACUCUAUGAAUGUUGAUCAGCGCUUGGCGUUCAAGGGUCCUAUUGUCAAGUACCCCUGGGAGGCCAACAAGCACAACCACAUCUGUCUGAUCGCCGGUGGCACUGGUAUCACCCCGAUGUAUCAGCUCACCCGUGAGAUCUUCAAGAACCCCGAGGACAAGACUAAGGUCACCCUGGUCUUCGGAAACGUGUCCGAGGAAGAUAUCCUUCUGAAGAAGGAGCUGCAGGAUUUGGAGAACACCUACCCCCAGCGCUUCCGUUGCUUCUACGUCCUGGACAACCCUCCCAAGGAGUGGACCGGUGGCAAGGGCUACAUCAACAAGGAGCUGCUGAAGACUGUCCUUCCUGAGCCCAAGGAGGAGAACAUCAAGAUCUUCGUCUGUGGUCCUCCCCCCAUGUACAAGGCCAUCUCCGGCCCCAAGGUCAGCCCCAAGGACCAGGGUGAGCUUACCGGUAUCCUAAAGGAGCUGGGUUACAGCAAGGAGCAGGUCUUCAAGUUCUAG